AUGGCUGUGACUGCGUUUGAUUCUUUUGCCACAGUUGUUCCUGUUCGAGGUGCCUCUAUGUCUCCCACAUUAAAUCCUAAAACUGGUUCUCUGAUGGGAAAUCAAUUUUGCCUUUUGGACUAUAAAUUUUCAAAUGGCGAUGUGGUAGUCUUCCGCUCCCCAACGAAUCACAAGGAGACACACAUAAAAACAAUAGCUGCAUUACCUGGUGAAUGGUAUGGCACUCAUCAUAACAACGAUGUGAUUAAGAUCCCAUCAGGACAUUGUUGGGUUGAGGGAGACAACUCAGCCUCUAGCAUUGAUUCAAAGUCAUUUGGACCGAUUCCUUUGGCCCUAAUUCGGGGAAGGGUUACCCAUGUUGUGUGGCCUCCUCAAAGAAUAGGAAGUGUCAAGAGUACUCCACAACAAAGAUUAUCUUCUGUAUUGGAAUAAGGCUAUUUUCGUUUUUCUAUAAUCGGAUCCCACCUCUAUUGUUUAGUGUCCUCAAAUAAUAGGUCUGAAAAAACUACUCAGAAGAAUCUGACGUGGUUCCCUUGGAUGGGACAAUGAUUACUUAGCAAGGUACAAAUUAGAUGAAUAAUCUCUGAAGUGUUCUUCUAAGCAGAAAAAGGUGAAACACUUAUCAUUAUGGACAAUAGUCCAACUGUGAUUUCCGCACUCAUUUGAGAUAUGCAGAACUGCUGGUAGAUAUGUUAGUUAUUUUUAUUAUGAAAUCAUAACAAGUUUUGGUUUGGAAAAGUCAGUUUUAA